ACUUGUGUCCCUUUCGACAGCAUGGCUGCGGACGAGGCGGCAUGGUCUGUGACCGACGUGGAAGCGGUUGACGGCAUCCGGUUUGCAUGGAACGUGUGGCCGUCGUCCAAGGUGGAGGCUACGCGGAUGGUGGUGGACCACUCGUGCAUGUACACGCCGCUGAAGGAGACUGGCUGCCCUGUGCUCGAGUACGAGCCAGUGGUCUGCCGCUCGGGCGAGUGCCGCGGCAUCCUCAACCCGUUCUGCCAGAUCGAUACCCGCAACAAGCGCUGGGUCUGCCCCUUCUGCUUUGGCCGCAACGCCUUUCCCCAGCACUACGAGUCCAUUUCCGAGACCUCGCUCCCGGCCGAGCUCUUCCCCUCGUACACAACCAUCGAGUACACCCUCCGCAAGACCGCCCCGGUCCCGCCCAUCUUCCUCCUUGUCGUCGACACGGCCAUCCACCCCGAGGAGAUUCAGUCGCUCAAGGAGUCGCUCAUUCUCUCGCUCUCGCUCCUCCCGGAGAACUCGCUCGUCGGGCUCAUCACCUUUGGCAAGCACGUUGCCGUCCACGAGCUCGGCUUUGGCGAGUGCGCCAAGUCGCACAUCUUCCGUGGCGACCGCGACGUCUCUCCCAAUGACGUCGGGGUGGCGCUCAGCAUUCUCGCGCCAGCCGCGCCAGGCAAGGCCGGCAGCGCGGGCGCCUCACACCGCCAGCGGCAGAUCCUCCCCGGCGGUCCGGGCAAGUUCCUGCUUCCGCUCUCGGAAUGCGACCUGACCCUCACUUCGAUUCUGGAGGAGCUGGAGAAGGACCCGUGGCCGGUGCCGUCGGGCAAGCGCGCCAUCCGUGCUGGUGGCGUCGCCCUCUCGGUUGCGGCGUCGCUGCUCGAGGUGUGCUACCCGGCAACCGGCGCACGCAUCAUGUCGUUUAUCGGCGGCCCGCCGACUAUCGGCCCGGGCAAGGUCCUCUCCGACGACCUCGAGGAGACCAUCCGCGCCCACCACGACCUCGAGAAGGGCUCAGUCCCGCACUUUAAGCCUGCUGUCGCCUUUUACGAAGCGCUUGCGAGCCGGCUCGUCGCCAACGGCCACGUCCUCGACAUGUUUGCCUGCUCGGGCAACCAGACCGGAGUGCUCGAGGUCAUCUCGGCCGUCAACAAGACCGGCGGCCUCCUUGUCCUCGCCGACUCGUUCACCACUUCGAUGUUCCGCGAGUCGUUCAAGCGGUGCUUUGCCCGCGACGAGGCUGGUGACCUCAAAAUGGCCUUUUCUGCCACGCUCGAAGUCCAGACGACGCGUGAGUUCAAGGUCGCCGGCGCCAUCGGCCCGCUCUCGUCACUCGGCAAAAAGUCGUCGUGCGUCGCCGAGACCUCGAUCGGCGUCGGCGAGACGUCCGCGUGGCGGCUCAACGGGCUCAUCCCGCAGACCUCGGUCGCCCUCUACUUUGAGGUGGUCAACUCGGGCGCGCCCAUUCCGGCCGGCCAGCAGGGCCUCCUCCAGCUCACCACCAUCUACCGGCAUGCGUCGGGCGUGUACCGGCUCCGCGUCACCACCGUCGCCCGCUCGUGGGCCGAUCCCAAGGCCGAGCCCGGCCUCAUCAUCGACGGCUUUGACCAGGAGGCCGCCACCGUCAUCAUGGCCCGCAAGGCCGUGUUCAAGGCCGAGGCCGAGGGCUCGUUUGACGUCAUCCGCUGGCUCGACCGCAUGCUCAUCCGGCUCGUCGCCAAGUUUGGCGACUAUCAGGCCGACUCACCGUCGUCGCUCACCCUCCCGCCGGGCUUUGCCAUGUACCCGCAGUUUAUGUUCCAUCUCCGCCGCUCGCAGUUCCUGCAGGUCUUCAACUCGUCGCCCGACGAGACCGCCUUCUACCGGCACACCCUCUACCGCGAGAACGUUCUCAACUCGCUCAUCAUGAUCCAGCCGUCGCUCGUCGCCUACGGCUUUGACGCCGAGCCCACCCCGGUCCUCCUCGACGCUGCCUCCAUCCUGCCCGAUCGUAUCCUGCUCCUCGACACCUUUUUCUUUGUCCUCAUCUUUGCCGGUGAGACCAUCGCCGCCUGGAAGAAGGAGGGUUACCAGGAGCUGCCCGAGUACGAGUCGUUCAAGACCCUGCUGCAAACUCCCCGCGACGACGCCCUACUCAUCCUUAAGGACCGCUGGCCCGUCCCGCGGUACAUCGAGUGCGACCAGUACUCGUCCCCGGCUCGCAUCCUCUACUCCAAGGUCGAUCCCUCCGUCACCCACAACAACAUGGGCGAGUACGGCCAGGAGGGCGGCGGCCAGGUCAUUCUGACCGACGAUGUCUCGCUCCGCGUCUUUAUGGAUCAUCUCGCCUCGCUCGCCGUCUCAUCCCAGUAACAUCAUCACGUGCUACGC